GACGAUAUAACUCACUCAACAAACUUCUCUAUCUUGGCUCCUCCCAGAUCACCAUGUCAGGUCGUCGCAUCGACCUCGCAAAGUUUGCCGGCUCGGACUCGGAAGGCGAGGACAGCCAGCCAAAGCGCCAACUCGAACUCACCGCCCUCAAGAGCAAAACGUUCUCACAUGGAAUAACGAAGAAGACGAAACGAGAUCUGGAGAAGGAAGCGGAGGAGAAGAAGCGUGUCGAAGAGGAAAAGGCUGCAGCGUUAGUGAUGGCCGAAUUCGAAGAAGACUUCAACUCUGGGCCCUCUCACCCCAACACCAGCAUGCGUGGAUUCGGCGGUGGCUCUAAUGCGGCACCUAUGGGCCCUCGAAAGGGGUUCGUCAAGGCCGGAGGCGCCCCAAUGGAAUUGCAAUCUCGCCCCCCGGCAGCAUUCAGACCCCCAUCAGGCCCGGGAAUGGGGCCAGGAGGAAGGGCGUUACAGGGCAGCACAGGUUUCCAGCCCCCCAGGGGACCGGCUGCUAUGGGAUUUCAACAAGCGCCGCCUCCGCAUGUUCGGCCUGUGGGUUUUGGUGGACCACCGCUGUCUCAAUACGCAGCACCUGUGGACCCCAGACGCGUGGCGCCUGCUGCACCGACUGCAGCACCUUCGGCAUCCAAUGGGCCUAUGAGAAAGAAACGUGCUAUGGACUCUUUCCUCCAAGAAAUCAAAAACAACCAAGACGCCCGAGAACAACGACUGGGCAACAUGGCCAAGAAAGAGGGCUCAUCAGUCUCUGCCCUUGCAGCUUGGGAAUCAGAAACGAAGAACGGAGUCCUAGACCUUCAGACUACCAACUUGUUUGUUUCUAACCUUCCGAGGGAAAAUAUAACGGAGGACACUGUCGGGCUCUACUUUGCGAAAAUCGGCCCUGUUGGUACCGUGAAGAUCAUGUGGCCUCGAGGAGAAGACAACCUUUCUUUCCAACACCGCGGUCUCUCGGGAUUUGUCUCUUAUAUGUCUCGCUCGGACGCUGAAACGGCGGUACGAGAGCUGGAAGGUGCCGAGUUCCAAGGCAACAAAUUAAGAGUUGGAUGGAGCAAAGCAGUCCCGAAACCUUCGAAAGCAUUAUAUGACAUCGGAAACACCAAAAAGAGAAAGGAGAGAUCGCAAAGUCCGCCCAGAAAACGCCGUGCUCGAUCAUACUCCUACUCGUCAUCAUCUUCCUACUCUCGCUCGCCUUCUCCAAGAAGAGACUCUGAUGGAGAGACGUGGCUUAAAACCAUACCUGAGGAAAAAGCCAAGUUUGUCAAAGCCGUGGCAGCGAGGGUUAAGGAACAUGGAAGGGGUUUGGAAGAUGUCUUGAGAGAAAAGGAAAAGGACAAUGAGAAAUUCAGCUUCUUGUUUGACGACAAGCUCCCAGAGUACCACCUUUACAAAUCUACGCUUUCAUCACGCUAUUGCAUUCCGAACCCGCCCCAUACGUUCAUCGAUGAAGGCUACGCCUCGAUGUACUCUUCCGACUCUGCCGAGGGCUCUGAAAAGGAGCGUACGAGUAAAGGAAAGCUGGGCAGAUUGGCAAAGAGACGAUUUGAAGCAAUGUUGAGGGUGAUAAGUGGUAAGAGAGGAGAGAUUGCACGGGCAAUGGAGUUUGCUUUGACCCACGCGGAGGCGGCAGAUGAAGUAGCAGAGACGAUUGUUCAAUCACUCAUCAUUCCCUCUACUCCUGUCCCUCGAAAACUUGCGCGCCUUCAUCUGAUAUCUGAUAUCCUCCACAACUCUGCCUCGCCUUUGCCCAACGUCUGGCGCUAUCGCCAGGCUUUUGAGGCGCGUUUGCCGCCUGUGUGGGCGCAUUUGAAGGGGGUGGAAACCAGUUUGGAAGCGUACAAGGGAAGGAUAAGUGCGGAUGUGUUUGGAAAGAGUGUGGGGAGUGUGUUGGAUAUAUGGGAGAGGUGGAUCGUGUUCAACACCGAGACUGCCGAGCUAUUCCGUGCUCUGCUAUCGGGGCAUAUCUCACUUGACUCUUUGACACGUACCCCACAAGGCAUGUGGGUCGACAAGGCUGUACUUGAAGCGCAAGACGAAGCCAAACGACAAAAGGCCGAAGAAGAGAGACGGGCAAGGGAGAAGAAAGAAGAAGCCGACCAGAGAUUCAACAGUGGGGGGUUCAAAAGCUCGUUCAAGCGAGUGGACCCGAGCUCGAAUGCUGGGGAAUCGACGUCCCUGGAGAACCACCCUGCUGCCGAGCAAGAUUUGGAUGGCGAGGCGAUGGAAGAUCUUGAUGGGGAGGAGAUGGGCCUCGAUGGAGAAGAAAUGGAUCUCGAUGGGGAGCCACUUGUCAGUGAGGACUUGGAUGGGGAAGUCAUGGAGGACUUGGACGGAGAAGCAAUGUAAAUAAUGCCUCGAAGAUGCACUAUUGAACAUGUGAAUUUCGGCUUGCUGUGCUAGCUGUUCCGUCGACCAGACGUGCUGGGAACAGUGUCGAUGGGUGCCGAAUGCAG